AUGGCACGAAAGCAAAUCAUUGGAGAUAAUAACGAGUCCGAAUUAGUUCUUAUAAACCGAACGGCAAUAUAUCCAGACGGAUGUAUUGGUUCGUUAUAUGAUGGAUACAGAGAUAUUUUAUAUGAGAAAUUACCUUGGAAUAAUGAAGAUAAACUGAUUAAAGUUGUCAAAAAACCACAAUGCAUAUUGAAGAAAGGCAAGAAAGAUCAAAAUGAGACUUUUCUUCAGGUAGUUAAUAUACCUAAAGAAUUACGAUUGAGUAUAUUAUUACGCUUAUCAGACAUGAAUGGAAUUGCUUCAAUUAUUAACUAUCCUUAUCCAGUAAACGAGUAUACCCGAUUUUUGCUCUAUUCCUAUAUAUAUGAAGAAGAACAAGCCUCCGAAAAACCAAACAAAACACAAAAAAUGAUUAAAUCAGCCCCGAUUUCGGGUGCGGCUACUCACAUAAUCACUGGUAUUAGUUAUGGGAUUGAUGUUGUCGUAGUUUUGCAGCUACCAUUUGAAAAUUCCGUUGUAACAGAAAUUGAUGAUGUGCUUCAAAGAAUUUGUAUUCAUUUAAAUCAUGAACAAAAUGCUUUGGUACUCAAUUUAGAUGAUGAAAAUGCUCUGGAACAAAUAAUGGGCACAAUGAUUUAUUCAAAUAUAUCUUCUUUGACAGAAUUAUCUACAGUGCGCGAAGUUUAUUUAUAUAUUGAUGACAAUAAAAACGACAGUAUACAUUGUCCAAUAAUGUAUACUCUUCGACCUAUUAAAUGGAUGUUUCCUAAUAAUAAUCACCUUGGUGCUAAAUUUAAUUCUAUGUCUUCAGCAUUGAAUAUAGAAGUCGAGAAAUACUUAACAUAUUUAUCCACUAGACUUAAAAAUCUGAAAUACUCUCUUGAUUCCUCUCACAAUGGAUUACUGUAUAAAUAUCUUGAAGGUCAGAUACGUGGAAAACAACGUCAAUGGUUAUUAUUAUCAGAAAUAUACGAACACAUCAUUGGUCGAUUACAGAAAUGGAUUAUCGAUGUGCGAAAAAAUCGACCUAGCGUUUCAAAGAAAGAUCAAUUAUUUAAUCAUGAAGAUCAUGCAAAAUUUGAACAAUCUGCUCAGACCUUGCAAGAAUAUUCAGAUGGCUUCCAAAAAAAAGAACGAUUGAUUAAUGAUCUCAAAAACCAGUAUUUUGAAUAUUGCAAUGUAGCAGAACUUAAUUUGCAUAAGCAUAAUUAUAAAAAGACAUUGGAAUGUAAGUUGAAGACGAAAGAUCGAAACCAUAAAAUUCUUUGUACUAAUGAUAAAUUAAACAAGGAGAAAGGACAAAAGAUCGAUCUUCAACGUAAUCAACUAGCUAAAGAACACGAGAAAAAUGACAACUUAUGUAUAACGUAUGCUGAUUUUUCGUAUUCUUCGGUUGAACUUCAAGACAUAGAAAUAUUAACGAUAAGUCAAACGAAUAAUAAUAAAAAAGAAAACCAUUCGAAGAAACUAUCUUCUACAGCGACACAAAACAAAACUACUACUUUACAACGACUAUCAUCUUCACCAAUAACCAAUGAUAAUAUCAAUAUUCUUCUUCUUGGUGAAACUGGAGUUGGUAAAUCGACUUUUAUUAAUGCAUUUGUCAAUUAUCUCAAAUUCAAAACAUUUGAACAAGCUCAAUCAAAUACACCUGUUGUACUCAUACCCGUCUCAUUUCUCAUGACAGUUGGUGAUAAUUUUGAGGAGCGUUUAGUCAAAUUUGGAGAUAUUGAUAGUUCAAACAAUGAAGAUUUUGAUCAUCCCGGUGAAUCAGUUACACAACAUUGUCGAACUUAUGAGUUUCAUCUUGGUGAUAAUGAUGAAAAAAAAUUGUGUAUUAUUGAUACACCUGGUUUUGGUGAUACACGUGGUCUAGAUCAAGAUGAUGUCAAUAUGCAAGAUAUUUUAGAAUAUAUUAAUAAUCUCACACAUUUAAACGCUGUAUGUUUUCUUCUCAAACCAAAUACAUCCGAACUUCAUACAUUUUUUCGUAUAUGUUUUAUGCAACUACUAGAUCUUCUUGGCCCAAAUGCUCAUCAAAAUAUUAUCUUUUGUUUUACUAAUGCUCGAUCAACUUUUUAUACUCCAGGAGAUACAGCACCUCUACUUAAAAUUCUGCUUAAAUCAUUUUCAAUGAAUGAUAUUCCAUUUAAAAAAGAUAAUACAUUCUGUUUUGAUAAUGAAUCAUUCCGUUAUUUAGUUGCUUUACAAAAUGAAAUUGAAUUCAAUGAUGACGAGAAACAUGAUUAUAAGGAAAGUUGGUCAACUUCAGUCAAAGAAUCAAAUCGUCUUAUUGAUUAUAUUCAUGAAAAUCUUAUUGCAUAUCGUUCAAAUAAUGAAUGGAAAACGAUUAAACGUGCUCAUAUUGAAAUUUCUCAUAUGAUUCGUCCAAUGUUAGAAACAAUCCAUAAUAUUCUUCGAAAUAUUAUUUUGUGUAAGAUGAAUAUUAGAAACAAAUCUAUAACAAUGUUUCCAAAAGCUAUUCAUCGUUCAGCUAGUAUUUGUCUCUCGUGUAAACCUUAUCCACGUUACAUUGGUAAUUUCUGGAUUUCUCGUGAUAUUCCACAUGAAUUUCUAAAGAAAUGUCUUGUUUGUCCGUGUAAUAUUGAACAACAUAUUACAAUACAUUAUGUACUCAACUAUGAAUGUUCAAAAGAAUCUGUGAGUAAUCAACGAAAAGAAAUGACUGAUAUGGUUAAUCAACUUUGUAUUGCUGGUGCUGAAUUUGAUUAUUUCCUGGUUCAUAUUGCUCAUGCAUCAAAAGAUUAUCUGUUUUUGUCUGGUUUCAUGCGAAUGAUAGAUGAAGAAACUAAACUUUGUCAAAGUCAAAAACCUAAUCAUUUGAAUUUACAAUUAAUUAAAGAAUUCACACAACUUAAGUGUCAAUAUGAAAGCCGAAUUGAAGAAUUGAAGUCAAAUCAACGAUUGACUGAUCUGUCAUUUAUCGAUAAACGGAUUACAGUCAUCCGUGAAUAUCCUCUAAUAAAAACGCAACUGGACAUUAUGAAACAAACACAAAAUAUGAUGACAGAACCGUAUGAAGUAUCAUAA